CCGCGCCCACCGCCGUCGCCUCGCCUCCCGAAGUUGUCUAAAAGCUCCGGCGAGCAACGCUGCAUCUCCUCACCGAUGAACACGAGCUCGGGAGCACCACAGCGAGCCUUUGAGCUCGUCACCGCCGCCUCUGUUCGCCGAUCGCCGGCGUCGAUUCGCCACCGUCAACGCUUCCUCGUGCUCGCCAACGACGCCGUCGGAUGCGCCGAUGUCAUUGCUCAAUUCAUAGGAUUGGUUCAUUACCUUGGAAUUAAAGAGGAACUUUAUGUGGCAUGUUCCUCGGGCAUUACAGGUUUACCGGGCUAAGAAUGAGCUUACUAGAAUCGACAAUGUGAGUUAUAUCAAAGCUAAUCUUGCUUGAUUUAUUAAGUAGGUCUAUCCUGUAGCUACCACUGCUUCUCUCUGCUUGCUCCACAAUUGCUAUUUUCUGUCUGCAUUCUAAAAAAAGACCACUUCUUUAUGUUGAUAAAGAUUCUGUUGCAAGUAUCAAGGAAAUUUGAUGUUGCGCAAAAAGAGGUUCCUCCAAAAUCAGACCGUUUUAGGGGAUGGUCUGCUCCAUGUUUGGGAGUUCAAUGGUCAGGGUUUUUUUUGCGGGGAAUGGUUAGGGUGUUUGGGAGUUCAAUGGUUAGGGUUUCCCCCCAUGAUUUUCCAGUAUAUUUAUCCGUAGUUAGUCUUGACUUCUCUGAGAUAGUAAUAAUAAUGUAGUGUUUCUGUGAAAAAUAAUUGUACUUCUAGAUGAAGUACAUAGUGUGAAUCCACCAGAAAUUCUCCCGUGGGAUGGCGGUUUGGAAUCUAUACAUUUUACCACAAUAUGCACAAGGAACUGCCCAGAGAAUAAUAUUGCAAAUGAUUUAUUGUGCUCUCUGCACUUAAAUUCUUACUCCGUCCAUCCGGGUAUAUUUUAGGUGCUAGCUCAUAUGCACAACUGCAUGGUUUCUCCAUUGUAAAGAAGGGCUUACUACUCCGCUCGCAGCCCAUUUGUUAAUUGUUGAGUGCUACAAUUUCUGUAUCUUUUCGGUUAUUCGCAUUUGUUUGUAUUACAAUGCCCUCACUUCAGUCAAUAUUCGACAUGAUCAAUUGAUCAUCAUCAUCUCUGACCCCAGGGUACGUGGGGAUGUAUCAAUCAACACCUUUCAGUAGUUAUUAACAAACCGCAUGAAUCACUGACUCCAUCUGGACAUGAUCUUAGCCAAGGACCAGUGAGCCUUCUGUAGAUUUGCAAAAACAAGUGUUUGUUGUUAGAGUUAUAAUAUACAAGUCAUGUACCCCUUUGUAUUUAUCCCGUUGUAUAAGGGGUUUCCUGCAUAUGUUCCACACCUGUACAUAUAUAUAUAUCGGCCUAUGGCCUCAUGGGAAUACAAGUUGCAUAUUCCUAACAUGGUAUUAGAGCCUUAGGUUUUUCAUAGCACGCGCAACUCGUGUUCUCGAUCCAAUAUACCGUCCACGCAGCCGCCGCCCUUCUUCUCUUGGCCUCCGCUGCUCUCUGCAGGUCAACCAUGCUCUUGCGCCGUCGUUGUCCUGCCUCAAGCAAUUCAGCACGAGCGAUCCCGUCAGCACCUCCCGUCCGUCUCCCGCAGAUUCGUCCGGCCGCCAGCAGUUCAGUCGCCCGAGUCCUCCCGUCCCCUCCGAGCUGCCGCUCUACUGCACUUGCCAAGCUCGCUUGCCGCUCAUCCGCCAGGCUCACCUGCGGCUCAAUCCAUCUGCCGCUCGAUCCAUCUGUGUGGAGCCGUGGGUGUGUUUCAUCCGCCUCGUGGUGCUGGACUACUUCUGCUAGUCUGCUUGUGCGCUAGCUGUUUGGUCUUUCGUCUGCUUUCUGUUGAUCAGUAAAAAAAGAGAAAAAAGAGAAAAAUGUCUGCUGCAUCGGGCUAUGUUGAUGUCCCUCGCUGUCCGGUGAUCUUUGAUGGUACUAACUACACCGAGUUCACUGGCUUUAUGCGCAUUCACAUGCGUGGCAUCCGUCUCUGGGGUGUUCUUUCUGGCGAGGUCUGCUGUCUGCCACGUCCAGUUCCUCCGGUGGCCUCUACUCCGCCGACUCCACUGGUUCUUCCUACGGAUGCUAAUCAGGCCGCCAAGAAUGCGGCUAAGCUUGCUGAUGAGGCUGCUGAUCGUGCGUAUGAUGAGAGGGUUUUGGCUUAUGAGGAUGCUCUUCAGACUUAUCAUGGUGCUUUGUCUGUUUACACCCAGUGGCUUGAUGAUGAUGCUCGUGCUGCAGCUAUUCUCACUGCUAGUGUUCUGCCUCAGUUUGCUUCUGAGUUUCUGGGUCUUCCUACUGCCUUUGAGAUGUGGACCUGUCUUCGUCAGCGCUACGAGCCCUCUGGUGAUGCCUUAUACCUUUCUGUGGUCCGUCAGGAGCAUGCUCUUCAGCAGGGUGACUCUACUGUUGAUGACUUCUAUGCACAGAGUUAUGCUAUCUGGCGCCAGCUUGAUUCUCUCCGCAGUGCUGGUUGUUGUACUUGCCCCUGUUGCCAGGCUGUCAAGGCCAAUUUGGAGUUUCAUCGCGUCUACGAGUUCCUGUCUCAGCUCCGUAAGGAGUUUGAGCCCCGGCGUGCUCAGUUGUUUGCUCGUGCCGUAUUUAUCUCAUGUAGGCCCUUUCUGAGAUUCGUGCUGAGGAGACUCGCUUACGUGGUGCUGGUUUGCUGGAGGUUCCCUCUGUGCUCGCUACUCGGGCUCCUUCUACGCCACCUGCUGCACCGACCCCUUCUCGCUCGAGUGCUCCGCCGCUCUUGCCCACUCCUUCUGGAGGCUCAGGUCGCCCCCGUCCACAUUGCGACUAUUGCAACAAUGAUGGUCAUAUUGAGUCCCAGUGCUACACAAAGAAGAAACACCUGCGCAAGGCACGAUCAUCAUCUUCAGGGACUUCGUCAUCUACCUCGACAGCUUCAGCCAUUGCUUUGACUGAGCAGGAUAUUU